GCAGAGCAGCUUAAGAAAAAAAGGACAUCCAUUCUGUGUGGUGGGAAAUUUUUGAAAAAAAUCACACUGCUUUCUUCAAACAAGGGUGCCAUUGGGAGCUUUAUGGGGAUGGUUGUUCUCACUAUGAAGGCAUCUGUUAUUGAAAUGUUCCUUGUUUUACUGGUGACCGGAAUACAUUCAAAUAAAGAAAUGGCAAAGAAGAUUAAAAGGCCCAAGUUCACUGUGCCUCAGAUCAACUGUGAUGUCAAAGCUGGAAAGAUAAUCAAUCCCGAGUUCAUUGUGAAGUGCCCAGCAGGCUGCCAAGACCCCAAAUACCACGUUUAUGGCACUGACAUCUAUGCAUCCUACUCCAGUGUGUGCGGUGCAGCAGUGCACAGUGGUGUGCUCGAUAAUUCAGGAGGGAAAAUACUUGUUCGCAAAGUUGCUGGACAAUCUGGUUAUAAAGGGAGUUAUUCCAACGGUGUCCAAUCGCUAUCCCUGCCACGAUGGAGAGAGUCUUUCAUCAUCUUAGAAAGUAAACCCCAAAAGGGUGUAACCUACCCAUCGGCUCUUACAUAUUUAUCAUCCAAAAGCCCAGCUGUCAAAGCAGGUGAGACUACAAAAGCCUAUUAUUUGCCGUUUCUUCCAGGGACAACCACACAGCCAGUCACCCUCAUACAGGGCCUGGCAGUCACUGCAGCUGAGGACAGCCACAGCACCUUGCCAAAGCCAUCUCCAUCUGAGGCCUCUGCCACCAGCAGCCCGAGACCACGGCCGGUGGGCCACGGAAGCGGGGAGUCGGAUCUCUGGUCCACCACCAGCUACGCAAGCGGCCAAAACAGUCCCAGUGCCAACCCAGGUAUCCAAAGGCCGGAUUCUGCGGGGGCUGCCUUCCAGAGACCUGCGGGAGCAGACGUGAGCCUGGGAGAAAUGGAGUUGUGGAAACCUGGAUCAGCCCUUUUAGAUGCAGGAUUUGUUCCAAAAGAAGAAUUAAGCACACAAUCACUGGAGCCGGUAUCCCAGGGAGAUCCAAACUGCAGAAUUGACCUGUCGUUCUUAAUUGACGGGAGCUCCAGCAUCGGCAGGCGUCGAUUCCGAAUCCAGAAGCAGUUCCUCACCGACGUCGCCCAAGCACUUGACAUUGGCCCUGCAGGUCCACUGAUGGGUGUUGUUCAGUACGGAGACAACCCUGCUACCCAGUUUAGCCUCAAGACUCAUAUGAAUUCCCGGGAUCUGAAGGCAGCCAUAGAGAAAAUAACCCAGCGAGGAGGGCUUUCCAAUGCAGGCCGAGCCAUCUCCUUUGUGACCAAGAACUUCUUUUCCAAAGUCAAUGGAAACAGGGGUGGUGCCCCCAAUGUGGCUGUGGUGCUGGUGGAUGGCUGGCCCACAGACAAAGUGGAGGAAGCUUCCAGACUUGCAAGAGAGUCAGGAAUCAAUAUCUUCUUCAUCACCAUUGAAGGUGCUGUUGAAAAUGAGAAGCAAUACGUGGUGGAGCCCAACUUUGCCAACAAGGCUGUGUGCAGAACAAAUGGCUUCUACUCAUUCAACGUGCAGAGCUGGUUUGGCCUCCACAAGACAGUGCAGCCCCUGGUGAAGCGGGUCUGCGAUACUGACCGGCUGGCCUGCAGCAAGACGUGCUUCAACUCGGCCGACAUUGGCUUCGUCAUUGAUGGCUCCAGCAGCGUGGGAACGGGCAAUUUCCGCACAGUUCUUCAGUUUGUGGCCAACCUCAGCAAAGAGUUUGAGAUUUCAGAGACGGACACACGCAUCGGGGCUGUGCAGUACACCUACGAGCAGCGGCUGGAGUUUGGGUUUGACAAAUACAACACCAAGCCUGACAUCCUCAACGCCAUCAAGAGGGUGGGCUACUGGAGUGGCGGCACCAGCACAGGGGCUGCCAUCAACUAUGCUCUGGAACAGCUCUUCAAGAAGUCCAAGCCCAACAAGAGGAAGCUGAUGAUCCUCAUCACCGAUGGGCGGUCCUACGACGAUGUCCGGAUACCAGCUAUGGCUGCCCAUCACAAGGGAGUGAUCACCUAUGCAAUUGGUGUGGCAUGGGCGGCACAGGAUGAACUGGAAGUCAUUGCCACUUAUCCUGCCAAGGACCACUCCUUCUUUGUGGAUGAGUUUGACAACCUCUACAAAUUCGUCCCCAGGAUCAUCCAGAACAUUUGUACAGAGUUCAACUCACAGCCUCGGAACUGAAUUCAGAGCAGGCAAAGCACCAGCAAACACUGCUUGACCGACUGACUCUUGGGACAGACCCCAUGGCUUUGAGGAGCACACACAGGGCUGUGAGGCUUGGGUAGGCCCUGAGGGAACAGAUACAUUGUUACUAUUCUUUGCCAUCAUGGUUUUUCAUGCUUCCAAACUUGGAGUUAGAAAGAUGAUCAUCAAUUUGUAGAAUGAGCCAAUAUAGUGUAACAAUUUGAGGGUAUUGGGGAUUGCAUAUUUUGACAGUUGUUUUCAAAAUACAUGUACAGAAUAGAGCACAGCACCUAUGACAGGCUUAAAUAGAGACUUUGUGAGGUUUUUUAUUUUUCAUUAGAAGUCUGUAAAUCUCAACACAUUUUAUUUUGUCAUGACAAUGUAGGAGUUGCUUAAUUAAAUGUUGACAAGGAUU